GCCUCUCUACCUUUCCACCUUUCCCACCCGCCGAUUCACUCGCUCGCGCGGCCGCGACUCCAGCCUCCCCUAAAUCCGCUCGCGCCCAGCGAGGAGGCGGGGUCGCAGCGAGCGAAGAUUCCCUCCGAAUCCUCUCCUCCAAAAACUUCCGAUCCGCUUACGAUGGCUACGCAGCAGCAGCACGCGGGGCCGGCGUCCGGGUCGGCGUCGGCGUCGAGCUCUAGCUCGGGGCUGCACCUUCCCGCCUCGCCCUCGGCCUUCGGGGACACCACCCACACCAAGGUUUUCGUGGGCGGUCUCGCCUGGGAGACCAACAGCGGCAGGCUCCGGCGCUUCUACGAGCGUUUCGGGGACAUACUCGAGGCCGUCGUCAUCACCGACCGCCACUCUGGCCGCUCCAAGGGAUACGGAUUCGUCGGUGCCUCUCGAUUUCACUUCUUUUUCGCUGUUUUUUUUUUGGCUUCCCGUGUAUGUGUGUGUGCGCGCUGGAUGAGCUGUGAGGAUGUGUUGGUUUUUUUGCUCUCCCUCCUUCCACAGGUGACAUUCCGUGAAGCCGAGUCCGCGAGGAAGGCAUGCGAGGACCCCACACCAGUGAUCGACGGCAGGCGGGCCAAUUGUAACCUGGCUUCGUUGGGUCGAGCCCAGCAUCCCGUGCACCCUGGGCGGCCAAGUUCAGCUGGGUCCUACUUUGGUGUCCCAGUUCCAAGGGCUUUUUAUUUAGGAGGUUAUGGCCACCACCGACCGUUUCCACUUGGGUAUUACCAAGGAUUUCCGGUUCCCCAGUACAGUUAUCCUUCAUAUGGGACCGAAUACAUCUCUCCACAGGGUACAUUAAAUCCAUAUCCCGCUCAGCAAUAUCUUCCUAUUUAUGGAGUCUCAGCUGCAGCAAACACAGCCAACCAAACAUUUAACCAGUUGAAUCCAUACAUUUCUGGUGGGGGCAAUGGUUAUAUGUCGGUUCAUAGUUACAACAUGCCUGGAAAUCAAUAUGUGCAGCUCACUGGAUCAAACUUCAGCAGUGCGUCACCAACAGCUCAACCUUCCUGUCAGACUCCUUUUUUAGUAGCGACACCCGUUCCUGCACAUCCACACCUAAUAAUUCCAGCCCCCUCACCCCAGUUUACACAAGCUAGUGGUUCAGACCAAAGAGCAAGCUGAACUGUGCAUCCAAGCAUUUGUACCUUGAGGUACCCUUAGAUUGCAGCAGGACUAAAAAGAGCAGUGUUGCUGUAUCCACAGCUUUUGUUCUUGCCUGGCAAGAGAUCAUCCUUGCAUUCAUAAGGUAAGAACCUUGUCUUUUCUGGGUUUCUACCCUUAAGUAUACAUAGUUUCAUGCAUAGAUGUUAUUUUGCAUGUUGUUCUUUGUAUGCUAACUGCUGCAGCUGCACCUCAUAAUCUGCUAAAAUACGGAGCUAAGUAUUGCUUAAAAGAAAAAGAAAGGGAGAUAAGUUCUUAUUAGCAUGAAAAGUUCUUCAAAAGCAAGAAAAUACAUGAAAUCAAGAUGUUCUUCCAAGCAAGAAAAUCAGGGUUGUCGUUAUCAUGGUCAACAGAUGUACCUGGAAAUCGUGAAGUUGUCCCUAUGGAUGGGGCAAGUGAUCCAAGAGCAAGGGUUGCUCUUGCCUUUCCACUCGGUUUAAAUCGUAUACGUGUGAUGGAGCCAGAUGCAGCCUUAAUGAUCCUGUAUCUGACAAGCUCGUGGAAAUGUAGCCUAUGCUGGAACGGAGUCCAGCAUAUGUAAGAUGGAUUGAUCCAACGGGGGAUUAGCCAUCAUGGCCUUCAGGUGAUUGUUCAUCUGAAAAUUCAUGUUGUGUGCGGUCCUAGUCCCAGUCACUGCGCACAGGGUCUGGUGACCAAAAGUGUAUCCAGUUCUGUACAAGCCUGCAGUCAUCGUGUUGUCUGCGUGACUGCAUCCAUCAGCCUUUGGACCUAAUAUGCAGUCAUCAUUGUGUUGUUUACACUACUGGUUGUAGCCAGUGAUGGUCAUUGGUUUGCCCCAGUCUCCCAAUUUAAGGUGUGAUUUAUGUGUGUAUUGCUCUGUGUUUGGUGGUUCCAAGCAUAGAGCGGUUCUCUUGUACUUCAAAAUAAAGCCAUUUAAUGGGAAUCCCAUGACGCUGGUGCCAGUGAUAUGUGCUAGACUGACAAUGUGUACCUGUGAUUUAUGAAUUAUGACCCUUUUACCGUUCCAUUUUAUCAAAUAAGUUA